AUGAAGGGAUCAAUCUCCUAUCAAAUCUACAAGGGUGCUCUCCUCCUCUCGGCCCUCUUGAACUCUGUUCAGGCCCAGCAGGUCGGCACUCUGACGACCGAGACCCAUCCCUCCUUGACCUGGUCCAAGUGUUCCGCCGGUGGUAGCUGCACUUCCGUGACUGGCAGUGUGGUCAUUGAUUCCAACUGGCGUUGGGUUCACUCAACCAGUGGCUCGACCAAUUGCUAUACCGGCAACACCUGGGACGCUACCCUCUGCCCCGACGAUGUGACCUGCGCGGCCAACUGUGCUCUGGACGGUGCUAGCUACUCGAGCACCUACGGUGUUACCACCAGUGGCAACUCCCUGCGUCUGAACUUUGUCACUACUGCUUCGCAGAAGAACAUCGGUUCCCGUCUAUACCUGCUGGAGAAUGAUACCACCUACCAGAAGUUCGACCUGCUGAACCAGGAGUUCACCUUCGAUGUCGAUGUGUCGAACCUUCCCUGCGGCCUCAACGGUGCCCUCUACUUCGUAGACAUGGACGCUGAUGGUGGCAUGGCCAAAUACUCCACCAACAAGGCUGGUGCCAAAUACGGAACUGGAUACUGCGACAGUCAAUGCCCACGGGAUCUCAAGUUUAUCGACGGUGAGGCCAACGUGGAUGGCUGGGCUCCCUCUUCCAGUGAUGUCAACUCCGGCAUUGGCAACCACGGCUCUUGCUGCGCUGAGAUGGAUGUCUGGGAGGCCAACUCGAUCUCCAAUGCCCUCACUCCUCACCCCUGCGACACUCCCUCGCAAACCAUGUGCACUGAAAAUGACUGCGGUGGCACCUACAGCACGAAUCGCUAUGCUGGUACUUGCGAUCCCGAUGGCUGUGAUUUCAACCCAUACCGUAUGGGUGAGAAGUCUUUCUACGGUCCCGGCUUGACCGUUGACACCAAGUCUCCCUUCACCGUGGUGACCCAAUUCAUCACUAACGACGGCACCUCUUCGGGUACCCUGUCCGAGAUCAAGCGCUUCUACGUGCAGAACGGCAAGGUCAUCGGCCAGCCUCAGUCCACUAUUGCCGGUGUCACCGGUAACUCGAUCACCGACAGCUUCUGCAAUGCCCAGAAGACCGCCUUCGGCGACACCAAUGACUUCAGCAAGCACGGUGGUUUGGCCGGCAUGGGGGCUGGUCUCGCCGACGGCAUGGUUCUGGUCAUGAGUCUCUGGGAUGACCACGCGGUCGAUAUGCUCUGGCUCGACAGCACCUACCCCACCAACGCUUCGUCUACCACCCCUGGUGCUGCACGAGGCACUUGCGAUAUCUCUUCCGGUGACCCAGCCACCAUUGAGUCCGCCAACGCCAACGCCUACGUCAUCUACUCGAAUAUCAAGGUUGGCCCAUUCAACUCCACCUUCACUGGCACUGGCUCGGGUGGAUCCAGCUCUUCUACCACCAUUACUUCGACGACCACUAGCAAGACCACCUCUACUAGCUCCACCACUACUACCUCUAGUGGCUCCAGCGGCACUGGUGCCGCCCACUAUGCCCAGUGUGGUGGCAUUGGCUGGACUGGCGCCACCACCUGUGUCAGCCCGUACACCUGCAACAAGCAGAACGACUAUUACUCCCAGUGCCUGUAA